UCAGCUGUUUUGUUUCCUUUGUGUUUUGCAGGUUGCAUAUGGAACCACAGAGAAUAGUCCUGUCACCUUCAUGGGGUUCCCUCAAGACAACAUUGCCCAGAAAACAGAGACUGUGGGAUGUAUUUUCCCACAUACAGAGGCAAAAAUUGAGGAUCCUGAGACAGGGGAAAUUAUCCCACUCAACAGCCCAGGAGAACUUCAGGUCCGAGGUUACUGCGUCAUGCUAGGGUACUGGGCAGACCCCAACAAAACCAAUGAAGUGAUGGAUGAUGAGAAAUGGUACAAGACCGGGGACAUGGCUAUUCUUGAUGAGUACGGCUACUGCAAGAUAGUAGGCCGCUGCAAAGACAUGAUCAUCCGAGGAGGAGAGAACAUAUACCCAGCAGAGCUCGAGCAAUUCCUACAUACCCAUCCUAAGAUUCAAGAGGUGCAGGUAGUUGGCGUGAAAGACGAGCGAAUGGGAGAGGAGAUCUGCGCCAGCAUCAGAGUGAAAGCUGGAGAAGAGUGCACAGUAGAAGAAGUCAAGGCAUUUUGCAAAGGGAAGAUCGCUCACUUCAAGAUCCCUCGGUACAUAGUGUUUGUGAAGGAUUUCCCGCUCACCGUCUCGGGCAAGGUGAGUGACAGUCCAAAGGCUUUUGCUUGCUUAGCCCCAGUAGGUUGCAUGGUGCUUUGCGGAGUGCAGGAAGAUCCCUGCCUCGAGGAACUUGCAAACUAAACCGGUUACAGCGGA